AGCUGGAGAAAAUACCGUCUUAUGGCAGAUAUGCUUUAAAAGCUAGCACAUAUAAAGCCAGCUUGGUCGCCUAGGUGAGCGAGGAAAGGCAUGAUCAAGCAAGCCAUUAAAUCCUUUCUUGACGCCUAACCCAUAUGCUACCGGGAAUCCAUGCCAUGCCGACCCUUCCGUUUCACAUCUUUGCGUACUCAGCAAAGAGCCUGGUGUGUAAAGCGACUGUUGGAAAAGACGACAUUUACUCGUCAUCCUCAUCCUCCUCACCCUCAGCCUCAGCAACGGUCUGGGCAAUACCUACGUUUACGUACGUUAGCAAAGUGCAAACGGCUCGAGAGAUCAAGUACACUCACGGUCAAGAUCACGCUGACCCUGCUGCGUGAUGCGGCGGCCACCCUUCUCCUCAUCCUGCUCAAGGACCUGGAUCUUCUCAAGAGCCUGCAUGAUCUUGCGAUCAACGCUGCCGGAGGCCUCGACGUGGUGGGAGGGGCGCGAGCCACGGUUCUUGGCGCUGCCGUGAACGCGGCGGAGGCGGCCGACACCAACGGUCUUGCGAAGGUAGACGUGACGAGCGACGGCAGCGGCACGGACGUAGAACCAGUCGAUGUCCUGGGGAGGCAUCUCCUUGGCGGGGCCGGUCUUGACGGUGUCAACCCAACCGGGGACGGGGAGCUUGCCCUGACGCUUCAAGAAAGCGGCGUAGGCGCCUAUUCAGAGUCAGCCAUUUGCCGCACUGCGCACCAGACAUAUCGAGGCAAAAUGAAGCAAAGCAAGACUUACCGACAAACUUGUGGGCCUUGAACCAAGCAACACAAUAUGAUUAGCACAAUUCCGUCUUCAGAGAUCUUUCGACCCCCUCACGCCUGCUCCCAUCAUCUUCCAUGUUGCUGUCGUGACCAGCGGUCCAUCGUCGUCGGCCAACCCGAGCCUCGUUUGAGGAAGCUGGCAGCGACUCGGACGGCGAAAGAGUGUUCGGGUCUCGGUCGCAAAGGCCGUCAUGGCGAAGGGCUCCCAAAACUUACAUCGACAUCGCGAACGGUGACUCCUCCAGGCAUUUUGACGGUGUGUAAUGGGUGAUUUGGCGGAGAUGAGUGAGGUUGAUCGUUCGUGUCGGAAGCUGUCGUUCGGAGUCGGACAAGGCGCAAUCGCAAUUGAGGUCUGGUAUCUGGAAAUUUUGCGGAGUGGACGUCUUGGCAGAGAAACGUUGAUUAGGGCUGUGGCCCUGGCAAAGAAGCGGGGCGGUUUGGGAGUGAAUCAAGUCUUUGACCCUAACCCUUGGUGUGUCGACAAUUCAUCUCCACAUGGCCCAUCACGCAGGCAGUUGGAGCUGUGUAUGCAACCUUACGUCCAUGAUUCAUCUGAACAUCUUCACGCGGUGACCGAUCCCAGGCCAGAGCACACAACCGCCGUAGUCUUCUCUUAUCUACCGGAUCCCAUUUGCCAGACACCCAGCACCAAGCUUCCCACAUGGUCGGCCUCAAGAAUGGGCUCCCGGCGAGUCUCAGUUGCACCGAGCUUGAGGGUCUGAGACCCGGGGCAACCAUCUGAAGAUGUAGUAGUGGAGAUAUACUAGAAUACGCAGGACUUCAGAGGAGACGGACUUCAUGCAUUCGAGUAGUAGUACUUCUGCGCGCUCGAAGUCCCAUGUACUUUCUCUUCUGUAUGAGGUGGUGUAGGCAGCAGGGAUUUGCAACAACAUUUAACCAUCAACAAUGAGAGGCCACAACGGUGGGUCGAUACUGCUCGACGUCAUCCCGGCCCACUGGUUCAAGGUGGCGCCUUCAGCGGGGGAUUUUCUUUGAUCGCUGCAAACACGAAGGACAACAGCAUGGAUGCCAGGGUCACAAAAUCCCUCUUGCUCUCUUUCUGCAGCCCUUUUCUUCGAGGAACUUUCGUUGAGACGAUGGACCCUUCUCCAUAUCCUGCAUUCUGUGCCGCUGUUGCGAGGGUAUUGUGUGGCGGACGACCCCCGAUCUUGGCGCCAUCUCUUACAGCGACUGUGCAGGUCACCCGCUGGCGAGUGUGUCCGGGAUGUGCUACAGGGGUGCAGCCCUCCGUUUUGGGCCAAACACAUCCCAUCUUUUGGCAGGCGUGUAAGCCGUGGAACCAAGCUGCCCUGCCACUGGUCUCUCCCAGCGUCAACAGACAGCGCUUCGCUCUCCGAUGGCCUUUUCCGCGCGUCUUUCAACAGGAAACAUUUGGCCCUGACCCCUGCGUUAUCCUCUCAUCACCACCAUCCCAGACUCUGAUCAAGGAUCAACUGAUCGGCCCCUGAAUCGCCAUCCUGGAUUUUGCAGGCCAUCGCCUUGGUCACUUUCAACUUCGGCACGAAACAGCCCUCCAAGUGAGCCUAGGUGUACACAUAUGAGAGACCAUGAAACCCCAUCAUGAAGUCCCUUUUACCCCAAAUGCCCGUGUAGGGGGUGAUAGGGCCUUCUUGUGGAAGCCCAUGAACAGGGAUAAGUAGCCAGGCAGGGCCGUCCACUUCGUCUGAUAUAUCUAUGGUAUAUAUCCCCUUCACUCAACUCUCAGCGUAGUGUUGUGAAUAUCAUCCAUUUCUCACGUUCCUUCUUCAUUUCUUUCUUGUCCUUUUUCCAGUCUGCUGCGCGGACAUCAAUUCCUUUCUUCGAGCAGGUUGAUCGGCUGUUUUCUGCCGUCUCUCAUUCAUUUUCAUCUACAAUCAUGGUGUCUUCACUCACUUCUUUGCUGGCCUGGGCUGCUGUCGUGGGAGCCUCCCCGCUUGUACGACACCGGGCAGUUGACUCCCUCAAUGAAGAGGCCACGGCCGAAGCCCAUCAGAGGGACAAUGGUGCUACCCGGGCUUUCUCCAACGUUGAGAUCCGAACAUCAGACGGGAAAUGUCUUUUCGUUGACGAGCUGUCUGGAGAUUUCCGAGCCAACCUUACUCCCGUUCAGAUUGCGGACUGCGGUUCUACUAAUGGGCAGGGCUGGGACGUCAUCACUGCCGGCGCUCAUAUCAGAGGCGAUGGCGUGGCCCUCAUCGUGUCAUCCUUGACCAAUGCUUGCCUGAAUUUUGAUUCGCGCCGACAAGCCGGGAAUCAGCUUCUGCUCUUCUCAUGCGGCGGUCGAGCGGAUGGAGGGGGUGAUGUGACUGACUCUCAGCUGUUUGACUUUGACGGCGGUGCCGGCCCGCUUUCACUGAGCCCUCAAAACGAAGGAGGAAACUUUUGCGCAACCGCAAGGGGGAACACUCUUGACAUUGCGAACUGUCAGAAUGGAGACGCCAGCCAGACCUUCACCAUUGGUGGUGGUGCCCCGGCUAGCGGCAACAACGGUGUAAACGGCGGCAACAAUGAUGACAACAACGGUGGGAACAACGGAGGCGAUGAAAGUGCUGGCAACGGUGGAAAUGGCGGAAAUGGUAGUUCUGGUAAUCCUAGCGGUACCUCCACCUCGAGCUGUACUAAAAGUACUCGAACAGUGACUGUUACUCCUACGACCGCACCUUCAGCUGCCCCUGCCCAGUCAACCACCACUGCCCCUGGUGCCGGGAACGGUAACAUCAACGAUGGCAACAACAACGGCGGGAACAACGACAACGGCGGCAACAACAACAAGGAUAAUGGCAAUAACAAUGGCGGUGGGAGCAUCCCCUCGGUCAACCCUACCGAACCUGUGCCCGUGUCUCGUGCCGGCGGUACUCUCCAGCCCACUGCUGCAGCUCAGUCUCAUCAGCGGGACGAAGGCGCUACCCGGGCCUUUUCCGAUGUCACCAUCAGGGCACCAAACAACAAGUGUCUCUUUAUCGACCCGACCGCUGGCGACUUUCGACAGAAUUUGAUUCCUGUCUCGCUUGUGGACUGUACAGGUAGCCCGAACGAGAAGUUUGAUGUUAUUACCGCUGGUAAACAUAACAACAACCGGGAACUUGCUGCUUUGAUCGUGAGCACUCUGGUAAGUGAUCCCUAA